CCGCGCGGGCGCGCGCACGCGCAGCUGUCAUGAGGGGAAGAUGAGCGAUACCGUGAUCGCGGAGGGAGCCGUGAAAAUCAGAGACGGCAAAAAAUGGAAGAGCCGCUGGCUGGUUCUGCGCAAACCCUCACCGGUCGCAGAUUGUGUGGUGCUGUACGUGUAUAAGGAGCGCGGUGUGAAGGAGAGAAACAGCGUGACGCUGGAGCACAUCUGCGGUCUGGAGGCGUGUGUCGGCACUGACGGCGUUCCCUUCAUCCUCUCCAUCCUGUGUCUCAGUCAAACCGCCAUGCUCGGCUUUGACAGCAAGGAGGCGCUGCAGAGCUGGGACCUGCGGCUGCGCUACUGCCUCGGAGAAGUCCACAGUUUCAGCGUGUCUGUGCUGCCUGGCACUAAACUGGAAAGCGGCCCCGCGACUCUGCAUUUGUGCAACAAUGUCCUGGUCAUCGCUAAAGACCUGCCGGCCGUCAUCAUCGGCCACUGGAAUCUGCUGGACUUGCGGCGGUACGGGCCGGUCAAUAACGGUUUUGUGUUUGAGGGAGGAACACGCUGUGGUUACUGGGCCGGCGUGUUCUUUUUGUCCUGUGCUGAGGGCGAGCAGAUCAGUUUUCUCUUCGACUGUAUUGUUCGUGGCAUUUCCCCGUCCAGAGGCCCGUUUGGACUGAAGCCACUGCUGCCAGAGCCCAGCAUCAGUGCAGCUUCAGUGCAGGACAGACUGAAGCAUGAAGCCGAGGAGCUGGAGCGGAGGCUCAGUCUGCUGUCUCACAGCACAGCUUCCAGCUCGCGUUUCUGCUCUUCGAUGGCGGGCGACGAUCGCAGCAUAUCCGGUUCGUCUGACACCUCAGACACAAGCCAAUCAGAUUGCAGCAUUAGCAGUCGCCCUGCGCCAUGGAGCGAUCUGGUUUUGCCCGGUUCUGCUGAAUCAUCUCACCCGCAAACAUCAAGAACAGGAUCUCAGGUGGAGGAGAAACUCCAGGUCUCAAUCGAUCCCGUUCGCUCACGUAAACUAAAAGAGUCCGGGAGACAAAACUCGUCCGACAGUGGCAUCGCGACCGGCAGCCACUCGUCCUAUACGGGAAGCUUCUCAUCCUACAGCGGGAGUCUGGAUGCCGCCGGACCGGGAGAGGAAUACGGCACGCUUUUAAACCUCUCAGCCCCUGCUGUUCCAGAGAAACACCUGUGCACGUGUUCAUCCUGUCCCGUCCACGAAUAUCAGAUUCCCUCAUCCCUGCCGUACCUGUACGACACUCCCCGCAGCCUGCUGGAGAUCAGCAGACACAGCAGCACAUCUCAAGAUGAGACUGGACUUUUAGAGCCUUGUGCGGAAUCUCCCAGCCAAUCAGAUUCAGAGCUUGAUAAAGGGGAGGAGUCACAGACAAGGGAUGGCUUAAUAAAAGGGGAGGAGUCUGAGGGAUUAUCGUCUAGUAAAAGCUGCUGUGAUUGGGCGAUCUGUUCAGUUCCUCCUGCUGGGAUGAAAUCACUCUUCACCACCUGCCCCGUCUGCGGAGGACUCAAGGGUACUUUUCCACCUCAUCCUGCAGGGACUUUACUGCCCACUGCACCAGCACCAGAUGAUCAUUCAGCCACACCCGCUGCUGGUGUCAUCGAACCACCUACCAAUCAGGAGCCAGUGGAGAUCAGAGACUCAUCUUUGACCAAUCAAAAUGCAUGGAAGCCCUCAUCGGAACGCUCACAGACCAGUGAAGAGAAGCGAUCGGAAGUAUACGACUCCAGUCUGUCUGAUCUCCUGUCACACUACAGUCCUGCUGCGAGAUCAGACCGCAGCAGUGUCUAUGAGGCGAUGUCAGCAUCCAGACACACAGUCCUGUAUGAGAACUGCGUCCAGUGCUGGAGAGGAGAGGGCAGCUGCCGGCUCCUCAGACCUACUCCUCCAUCCAGAGACGUGUUUGUCCAGGAACAGAGAAGAAAUAUCUCAGAGUCCAUCUGCUCCUCCACAGUCUCUCUGCAGCGAAUACCUGAAGAAGAUAACAGAGACAGAAUAAAGGCAGAGAAAGGAAGAAUGGAUCCUGCCUAUGAAAUAAUGGACAGCAGAUCAUCAGACAGGAACCCAGAGGAGGAGCGCAGCAGGUACGAGCUCAUGACAGGUUCGCAGAAGAUUUCUCCUCAUCUGAAUGAAGCGCUGACGGACAGACUCAAAGGAGACACGGUGACAUACGUGAAUAUUCCCACCAGCCCCACGUCCAAAAAACAGCUGCAUUAUAUGGAACUGGAACUGCAGGAGUCCAGCGCCACCAUCAGAGGCAAAAGCUCCAGUAAAUACGCUCAGAUUGACAUCACAGCAACGGAGGCAGCUCACAGAGCGGGUUCCCAGCAUGCACUGGGGCGAGAGGAAGGCCUACAGAGACUGGAGCAACAGAGGAAACGACGAGGACUUCCUCCCGCUGAAGAGAGAUCGACUCUGCUCUGGACAAACUGACCAAAACACCUGCAUCAGUCGAGACAGUGAAACACAGAAUGUAGUGUAGCGUAGUGUCUAGGAUAGUGUAGUCAUGUGUGCAGUGUAGUACAGUGUCUACAGUCUCGUUUUGUGUGGAGUUCACUAUGUAGUGAAUGAAUGCUAAUGUUGAACACAGCAUAUACACAAAUGUUUGAAACACGGUGAUUCACGUCACACUGACACAUGUCUGUCAUGCUUAAACCUGUUAAACACACAUUCAGUCUACAGUAAGCCAUAGAUACGUGAACAGGUAACUGUGUUCUCGUGUUAGAUAAAUGUGUGCAAUGCACAGAACCAGAAAUGUGUUUUUUUAUUUGUUUAUUUAUUUCAUUUUAAAGUGCUGAAUAUUAGUUGUGUUGCUUUCUAGUUGCAUUUGUAUAAAAUAGGCUGCAUUUGUGUGGCAUCUUUAAUCCUUGUAUUAACCUACAUUCAAGUGUAUUGAGUCAUUUUUACAUUAAACUGCCGAUUUUGUAUUUUGUACAUUACAAAGCUGUAUUUUCUCAUUUUCUUUUCAGCACUGAAGGAAGUGAACACGAUAUGUGUGUUUAUUUGUAUUGCAGUCAUUUUGUCAUGUGUUGUGAUUGCAGUUUGAACUGUGAUAUGGUAACAGUCUCAUAUGAUGCUGCUAGAUAUAGAUAUCAUAUCAAUUAUAAUAAAAUAAUAAUUUUAAUAAUAUUUUGUUAUUACC